CCCAAGUACUGGCCCAGAAGACCCCAUGAUCUUUGUCACAUCAAUAUUGGCCGGUCCUUGAGCUUGAGUCUUCCCUUCUUUGAUAUCAGUGAUGCCCUGGAUGGGCGGCCAACCCCACUUGUCCCCCCUGUAUAUUACCUAUUGUCUCCAUCUUCUUUUCCCUCGUUCCGCUGGAUAAAGGGCUGACAUUUACGCCCGUCUUUUUGCGAUCCCCAGAUUCACCCCGCAGUCACAUCUGAGGGUAACACGUGCCCCACACCUCCAGAGACCCGCCCGCUACUUGCACUUUGGUUUCAUCCACUAUUUCAAUGCCAGUCGCAUACCUUUCCCCCCCUCUCGAGACGUGGUGGGAAUGUCUGUCUUACGUAUCCAAAAGGGAUCUACAACAGCUCCGCCUCGUCUGUAGAUUCUUCGCUCGAAUCUGCUUCAACCCGUUGUUUGAGACGCUCUCUUGGUCGGUCCCCAAUCCAGAUUUCCAGUGGGGGCCUCCGGUCGAAUUAGAAGAUGCACUCAGGGUCCUACGCUCUUUCAUCACCGACGACUCUGCAUCCGAUGUCCACCGCACUGUGCGUCGACUCAACUUUAGGGGCAUCGAACGCGGAUAUCGCACUUGUCUGCGCAGUCCACGCAUCAGUGCGACGUAUAGCUCUUACCUCGCGCUAUUCCGUCAAGCACUUGGUAUGUUCACUGCCCUCUGCGCCCUUAAUUUAAAUGCAGUCACCAUCGACGGUAGGAUGGCUAUGUGUCUACAGAAUCUUUCCUUCCUGUGUACGUUGGAACUUAGCGACUGCGAGAUAACCUCUACCGUCCCUGUUCAGUUGCCCCUGCGCAAUUUCAUGGUAGUAAGUGCUUGGGAUUACCAAGACGCGAAAGUGACUAGGGACGCACUAUGUUUGGUUGCUCCCGAACAUUUGGAAUGGGCAGUCAUUGCAGAUGACCGAUGGACGUCUGCCCUAUUUGCUGCAUGGGGAACCGUGCUGAUGUCGUUCCUCACGCGCCUGACAAUACGCGUCAGACGUGAUCAGUCGGUUCGGUUCCUGGGUUUCCUGCGUCAGUGUCCACGGCUGGACUCACUUUUCCUCGCCCCUGAUUCGACGCUCGACUAUCCCGAAGGCACUUUCUCACCGACCACGAUCCCCAACCUGAGAGUAUACGAGGGUCCUCUGCACCUUGCACACGCGUUCAUUACGGAUCGAAACGUCACCUCUGCACGACUCGACGCUGUAUGCGUCGACGAUCGAAGUGGUAGUCUUACACCUAUGGAGACAAAAUCUGUUGUCGCUGCACUCGAAAUGACGUUGCCGGCCGCAUCACAGGUUCGGACACUCAGAUUAUGCGAAGUGUGCCCCGAUCUUGCUUUGUUGCGGCUCGUUACAAGCUACGUGCGAGAGCUCAGGACGUUGGAACUACGUCUAACCAGCGAUGCCGGGGGUACAAACUUGCAGCCUGAAGAGGCGUCCGAAUUAGCUUCCCAGUCUGCUACAUCCAUAUCGGCUUCUGACCUAGAAGGCGUUUUGCGUGUCGCAGAACAUGCCGGUAUAGCGGUGGACCGUUUGACGGGGUUCCCAACCGAGAAGUAUCCGCCAGUGGAGGUCAGCACCUGCCCACCUUACUCUAGUCUAACUAGCUAAUUCCUGACCUCCAUGGGCGCUUCUUGUUUUACCUCCUGUGUUAUGACGGGUGGGUUUGGUAACAUUCUAGACCGUGCUGGUCUGGAUGGCCCUCGGGCACAUCGUUCUUCCGCCCUUCCUCGAAGAAUUAGACAUCCAGCUUUCAGAUCACUUUCCUCCGACGAAAAGUCUAGUCGCUUCGAAGUUUCCCUUCGUCGGUGCAUGCA